AUGACUCACGGCGGUUGGCAGGGCUCUGGCGAGGCUGGCCCCGGCCCGCGCUCCAGCCCGCAGCAGAUGCCUGCCCGGCCCUCCCUCCCUCGCUGGCCAAACCCACUCCGAGCCCGCGGCUGCGGGAGCGCCCUGCGCAUCAGUUGGACGCGGGCGGCCAGGACUCGGCCCGCGCCUCCCGCAGGCGCCCGCCGUGUCCGAGCCAUCCUCGGCCGCGGGGCCGCCUCUCCCCCCGCCUCUGCGGUCCCGGCCGGGCACUCUGGAAAGUUGCUAGGGCCGUGGAGGCGGGAGGGGAGGAAGGGAGGAGAGAGGCGGAGGCGUGGACCAGGCGGGCAGCAGCCGAGCCCGCCGGGGAGCGAGGAGCGUGUGAAACCCGUCAAUCCUGUUUGCCAUUUCCCCGCGGAUUUCCGAGGAGAGGUUCUGCAGGAUGCCCCCAGGUGAUCCUCCGACUGUGAAAAACCAAACCUCUUGCUGCCUGGCUCCCUAGGAAUCAAGAAGAGGCACAGACUGAAAAUCAGAGAGGAAAGGAACAAGAUCAAGGAUGAGGAUUAGCAUCUGCAAAUUGAACCCUAUCUAAUUUGCAUGUUUAUUUCUUAGAAUUGUAAUUAAAUUUGUGUAAUAAAUGUUUUCCAUUUCAUUUGUAUGCUUAAAAUUUGGGUGACUGACAUGCAGUUAAGUGAAUUUCUUUCUUUUUUUUUUUUUAAAGCAAAUGUAGUUUAUUCAAUAAAGCAGCAAACAAAUAUUAAACAUAAUUGGAACUAAUCUGCUUUGAAGGUAUUUUUGUUGAACUUUGUACAUUAAAGACUCUCAGAGGUUUUAAGGGUAUUAGGAAGCUGAGAGAAGGCAAUUAUGCUGAAAACAGACUAAUUCAACAGACUUCUUCCAGGAGCACUAUUUCAUUUU